UAGGUCAGAACAAGUUACCCGACCGACGCGACCUGAAGAAAUCGAGCUUACAUUUACUCAACGCAAACCGCCGGGUUACUCGAAAUUUCAGGUCAAACGGGUCGGGUCAAAUCAUAACAG